GUUAGCGACAGUAAAACUUUAAAAUAUAUUUAGUUCCUUAUCUAGCAUGGGAAUCAUGAUUGCUGGUUGAAAGGUUACUGCAGUGAUUUGGGUGUAUUUUACCUUUAGGCUUAAUAAAUAAAAAUGUGUGCACUAGCAAUACUUGCUUUGUUAGGAUGAAUAGGGAACAGUUGUGAAAGUUAGGUGUCUGAGUUUGAUAUGUACUCAACCACAAAGGUUGACAAGUGGGUAUACAGGGGUGAAGAGAGCAUUUUGCAACAUCAAGUGGAGAUAAGACACACAAAGACUGUAUGGUAAAGAAAAGAAAGAGUGCCUGAUGCAGACAGCAGAAUAAGUGAAGAAUAAAGGAAUUCCCCUGAAAAAAGUACAGUAUAAAAACCACUCUUCAGAUGCUGUCUGCAUUAAGCGUGAAGGACACCUGAUAGCAAUAUUGCUGAUUAGAGUCUGAUUAUAGAACUCAUAGCUUAGUUUUACUUUUGCAUUAACUGCUUUGUAUUGUAACUAAUAAAAUAAGAGAUUUUAUUGUUAUGAUUGCCUCCCGUGAGACUUUACUUAUAACUACAAACUGAGCCUCAAGAACAACCGCAAGGAGUCUUCUACAUCAUUCCUGAAGAACUUCAACCUGCCGGCUGGCGAGUACUUUGUGGUUUAUGCUACAUUUGACUAUCCUUACCCUAACUGAAUAAUCAUAUAUAGGGUUAAAUGUGUAAGAUAGAAGGACCCAAUGAGAAACAAGUGCUAGUGUCUGGAUUCUUGAAUAAAACAUGUGCUGACUGAACAAAAGUUCCUGUCUUGUCUUGUGCAAUCACUAGGGUUUAUAAGCGUGAGGUGGGAAUAAGAGUUUUUUUUUACACAGCACCUUCACAACCUUCACACACCAGCAGCAGUCAGAGACCAGGCUUAAUAUCAGAAAAAAAUGACUGAUCAUGAAGAAAGAAUUUGUGAUCUGGAAGAAAAAACGGAAGAUUCUGAAAACAAGGCAGGUGAGCUUGAAAGAAAGAAAAGAGAUCUAGAAAACAAAACAGAUGAGCUUGAAAAAAAGAAAAGAGAUCUAGAAAACAAAACAGAUGAACUUGAAGAAAAAACGGAAAAUCUGGAAAGACAAACAAAAGAUCUGGAAUACAAAACAGAUGAGUUUGAAAGAAAGAAAAGAGAUCUGGAAAACAAAACAGAUGAGCUUGAAGAAAGAACAAAAGAACUGGAAAGCAGAACAGAUGAGCUUGAAAGAAAGAAAAGAGAUCUGGAAUACAAAACAGAUACGCUUGAAGGAAAAACAGAAAAUCUGGAAAGAAGAAUUCAGAAUAUGGAAGAUUUUGGCCCUGAUCUGAAGACUCAGACAGAAGUGAGGAUUGAAGAAGUGCUACUAAAACAUGAGAGUCCGUGUUUGCAACUGAUAGGAGUUCAUGAAGACCUCAAGUUUUGACCAAAUUUAAAGCAGUCACACAGUUGAAAAAAGCCCAUUUGUGCAUAAACCUUGUAUUUCUAUAUCAUUUCUGUAUAAACCUUAAAAUCUUGACUGCAACAAAUGUGUAAUAGACAUGUUCAGAGUUACUACACUGUUAAACACGUUAACCUUUUGUGUACAUUUUGUCAGUGAAUGGGGUAAGUUGUCACAUUAAAACGUGAACUGUAAUAAUG